GCCUGAUGACGUACAAUGUUGGUACGCACCAAAAGAUGCAUUUGUAGAUGAAUUAAUGCUGAAAGUCGCGAAAAUGCUUCAUACAACUAUUCAAAUAGCCGACAGCGAAAUCAGUCUUGUGCGUUCACGUUAUACGAAAAAUGAUACUUCCAAGGUACUAUGGGCGAUAUUCGAGAUUGAUAAACUCACAUCUGGAAAAUCAAAAGUAUUGGAAUAUAAAAUACGUUCAUCGGAAAUAGGUGAAAAUCGUAUGAUCAUGAUGCAUGAGGAUGAACCUGCUUAUAGAGAUCCGUAUAUAUUAAGUGGUUUCAUGGCUCUGCAAAUGGCAAUUGAAAAAUCUUUCGUAGAGAUGUGGACAAAUCCGACACUACCAAGAAUUGCUGAUAAUUUAACUAUUGGCCGAUUUCCAUUUUAUAAAGUUGAUUUUUUAAUUCUGCCAUACGUCAUUCGACCCAAUAUCAGCAUAAUCUAUUAUAUGAUGGUUAUUGCCUUCAUUCUAUUACCAAUAGCGACGCUAAAAAAGGCACUUCAUGAUAAAGAAACUGGAUUCAGAGGUCUUAUGAGAUUAACGAAUAUGUCUUUCGCAAUGUUAUACGUCGGAUGGAUUAAUUAUCUUAUGAUCACCUUGUUACCCGUGACGAUUGCGUGUACAAUCAUUCUAUAUCCAGUGUUCUCAGCCGCAAAUGCAUUAGUCACCGCCAUAUUUAUCAUGAUGUAUAAUAUUCUCUCUAUGCUCUUCAUGUUCACCGUUAGCACACUUUUCGAUCAUUGUAAGUUAUGUAAACAUUGGAAUAAAACAGGAGUAUCUACGAAAGCAUUGCUCAUGUCGGUUCUGUUUUGGCUCUUUUUAACGCAUUUGACUAUCGUUCUGGAUCAAUUUCUGAUACAAGAAUCCAUCUUAUGGAUCAGUUCGCUAUUUCUUCCGCAUAGUGGUUUGCUAUAUGGAAUAGUGGCUUUCACAACAUGCACAGGUUUCGAGGAUUACGAAAGCGAAAAUUUGAGAAAUAUUUGGAAAAAAGUGAAAUUGCGCAAUUAUACCAAUCCUACUUCAUAUCUGUGGCCACAAUGGUUUUCUGAAUUGAUAACAUUACGAGAUACUUAUGAUAUCAUUCAUGCCGGAGAACAAAUUUCCAUUGGCACAAUUCUUUUUGCAUGGCUAUUACAUAUUAUUUUCUGGUAUUUAUUAGCAGUAUACUUGGAUAAUAUAAAUCCAGGAAAAUUUGGCAGCGCAAAACCCUGGUAUUAUUUAUGCAAAAAACCUAUUUAUGAUAAUGAAGAUUUAACAAUUCUUGGAUCUACUAAUUGGUCGGCAGUGGAACAUACACCAUCAUACAUAAAGCCAUCUAUUCGGGUGAGAUGUAUUAGGAAGGAAUUCGGCAAAAUUGGCGAACCCAUUACGGCUAUAAAUGAUGUAACGAUUAAUUUCUAUCAUCAAGAACUCAGUGUCAUUUUGGGUUAUAAUGGAUCUGGCAAAAGUUGUUUGUUAAAGAUAAUUAUCGGAAUGUACAAAUCGACUCAUGGUCACGUCUAUGUGGAAGGAAAAAAUUAUAACGAGAAGGAAAAUGUAAUGUAUCCAGUUGGUUACUGUCCGCAAGAAAAUAUAUUAGUUUAUUACUUAACAACGAUACAGCAUCUUUAUAUAUUUGGUAUGAUGAAAGGGAUGACGUAUGAAGAUGCUUAUAGAGAAUCACUAAAGCUAUUGAAGCAGCUCGACUUAGAAUAUGUAAAAGAUACAAAAGUGAAAUCUUGUCCCUUUGAAACACAGAGAAGAAUUUGUUUAGCAAUGGCACUUAUCGGCAAUACUACAAUCCUGAUCCUUGAUGAACCUACAUAUGGCCUUGACCCUGAACAUAAAAGACAGAUAUGGGAUUUACUUUUGGAUAUAAAAAGAAACAAGACAAUUCUAAUAGCAACAAAUUCUAUAGAAACUGCAGAUCUUCUUGCAGAUAGGAUUGCUAUUAUUGCAAACGGGCAGAUCGAAUGUUACGGUUCUAAGAUGUAUCUAAAUCGUAGAUAUGGAAUCGGCUAUAUUUUGAGUUUAUUGGUACAAGAGAAUUGUAAUAUAAAACGAAUCCAUACCGAAAUACAACAAUUCUCAGCGGAUGCAAUUACUCUGCGAGGCAUAAUGGGUUUGGUAAUAAGAUUUGAUGUGCCGAGGCACAGUCGAUUCACUAAAUUGCUCCAAUAUUUAGAAUCCAAUAAGGAAGAAUUGAAAAUUAAGUCAGUUGCACUGAGUGCUGCUAGCAUUGAGGGUCAAUUUCUCAGAAUAAGUUUAGAAAGCCAUUUUAAAGAACGUAACAUAAAAUUACCAAGCAGUAAGUGCGAACUUAUUGUGCAACAAAGACGACAACAUUUGUUACAGAGAGCUGAACCAUGGGAGCGAUUGACCGGUAAUACUUUAUGGCGACAACAAGUUUUUGUUAUGUUUUAUAAGAAAUUAUUACACAUCGUUUCAUCCUGGAAACUAUACAUGUUUUCCAUAAUUUUGGCGAUUAUUACUCUUAUUUUAACCACUAUGAUAGGCGAAUUGAGCGGUUUCACACUUUUUGACAUGACAUCAUUAAUCAUCAUGGGUAAAAUAAAUAAUUAUAUGUAUAGCGAGAAAGUAAUGAAUCUGACAAGUUAUAUGGAUAAUAACUUUCACGUGCUAUAUUAUGCAGCCGAUGACAAAUCCAUCAAAGAUUUUCUUGUCACAUUAUACAUUACUGGUCAAAUGUACAGUGAGAGGCAUAAUUAUCAUAUCUCCAAAAACGUUCCGGCCACAGAUCUUAUGAUACACCCUGACUUACACUCGAUAGAGUUUAGGGAUCGUUAUGUCAUGUCUGUCGACAUAUAUACAGAUGGAUAUGUGCAACUUAUGUAUUCGUCCACUGCGGUACAUAGUGGACCAAUUGCAUUAAAUUUACUGCAUAAUGCGUUGUUGCGUUAUCAUUGCGGUUCAGACGAUUGUUGGAUCAAACUAACAAGUCGACCAAUAAUUCAGCCAGGACAGUGGCAACACCUUUUGCUCCAUCCACGAAGUAUACGGAAUUGGGAAAACGCCGCUGUAGUAAUGACUUUGUUCCUUCUUCUACCCUCUAUUGACAUGGGAAUACGAGAACGAAAGGCAACAUCAAAAAUGCUGCAGACUAAUGCGGUCGGUAUGUCUAUACGGAUCUAUUGGAUUCCGAUAUACAUCAUUGAUUUCCUUUGGUACGCUUUUUCCAUAAUGCUUCUCGGAAUUGUUAUUUUAAUUGCGUAUCGCCGCACUCUGUACUUCUCAGCUUUAGAAAUAGGUAAGAAUUAUAAAAUAUGUAAAAGGUUAAUCUUUGCUCAUACAAUCAAUGUUUCAGUCCAAGUGCUGAUGAUAUUUUUAUGUUACGGUGGGUGCGCCAUUCCAUUAGGUUAUUGCAUACAACUUUUCACGAGAAAACCAGGAAAUGUAUAUCUAACCGUAAUAUUGAUCAAUAUUAUAGUCAUAUUAUUGGUAAAUGGUACUAUUAUAUUUCCAUUGGUAUUUCGUAUAUUCAGCGGUACCGGAAGAUAUAUAUUCGAAGUUUUCGUACAUAUAUUUCCACCUUAUAUUCUAGCUUGUGCUUUAAGCAAUUAUCUUAUACUAACUUUAUACAAUAGACAAUGCGCAUAUUUCAAUACCUGUGAUACAGAAUUUUAUGUUGAAGAUCCUUGUUGUCAAAAUUGUAACGAUAAAGGUUGUUAUAAGCCUUUAGACGUCAUGCUGAUCAAACAAUCUGGCUCCAUGUAUUAUCAUUCGGUUAUAGACGACAUACUUUUAAUGAUAUCUCAAAUGUUUGCUUUUUAUAUAUUACUAGAAAUUUUUGAAGAGAAAAAUCGUAGAAAGUGGUAUAAUUACUUUAUGCCUUCCAUAAAGUAUGAUGAUGAGGAUGUAAAUUCGGAAGUCGUAGAGGAAAGGAAACGAGUCGAAGAAUACAUGAAAUACUAUGAUGAAACAAAAUCGCUUCCACCACAAGUUGCUCUUGUUGUUCAAAAUUUAACAAAAGAAUAUGCUGGAAAAGCAGUGGUUCAAGAAAUCAAUUUUAGUAUCUACAAUCAAGAGUGUUUUGGUUUGUUAGGAUUUAAUGGUGCGGGAAAAUCAACGAUAUACAAAAUGUUAACAAGUCAAGUAAAAAUGUCGGCCGGAAGAGCAGUAAUAUAUGGAUAUGAGUUCGCAAAAAAUCAAGAUAUGUUCGUAGGUAUGAUCGGAUACUGUCCACAAAUUAAUGGACUAAGUGAUUUUAUGACAGGAAGACAAUACUUACAACUUCAUGCAGCACUUCGUGGUGUUCCGUACAAACAUAUCAAUGAUGAAGUAAACAAAUGGUUAGAUGUAUUAGAUAUGUUAGACUUUGAGAAUUUAAAGAUCGCUCAUUGCUCCUUGGGAAUUCAGAGGAAGCUUUGUAUAUUGCAAAGUUUUAUAGGCGAUCUGCCGAUGGUAUUUAUGGACGAACCUUCCGCCGGGAUUGAUAUAAUAACCAGACAUGCAAUCUGUGAAAUUUUGCAUCAUAUACGAGAGAUGGGAAGAUCUAUAUUAAUCACUACGCACAGUAUGCGCGAAGCAGAAGCGAUGUGUACGCGUGUUAGUUUCUUAGUUAACGGCCAAUUUAGCACAAUUGGAUCCUGCGAAUAUCUAAAAGCAAAGCAUGGCCGUAACUUUAUACUAAACAUUAAAGUAAUACCAGGAUAUCAACUUGCAAAUCUUGAAAAGAUUAAGACAAUUAUCGAAGAAACUUUUCCAAUGAUAAAAUUUAAAGAUAGUUAUUUGAGACCAAAGACCAAUUUGCUCAAGAUGUCGUUAUCCGUUGUCUCGUUGGUACGACACCUUCGUGGGGUGGGAAUGCUGGAGGGUGGUGGCGCUCCGCCGAAAACGACGGUUGAAAGUCGCAUCGGCUUCUCGCGUGGGACUUUCAGGUAG